UGCGCCGCAGAGGGCCAGGCGCCGUUCCUCCGCCAUGAGGGUCGCGCCGAGCCGCGCCAAGAGCCCCGAGGCGGCCGCGCCGGCUUUCCCUAUGUCUAGCUACCUGCUGGCUAAUUUAAAGGCUGACUGUCUGAACAAGCCUUUUGCUCAGAGGUGCCAUGAUCUCAUCACAAUCAUUGAAGAUUUUCCUGCCAAGGAACUGCAUGCCGUCUUCCCUUGGCUGGUGGAGAACAUUUUUGGCAGUUUAGAUGGUGUCAUUUCCGGGUGGAACCUCCGCUGCCUGCAAGGCAGAACAAACUACACCGAGUACAAUGUGGCCCUGGACUUCCUGUCCCCUGGAGGCCCCAUGAUGAAGCUGGUCUACAAGCUCCAAGCGGAGGAAUACAGAUACGAGUUCCCCGUCUCCCACCUUCCUGGCCCAGUGAAAACUUCAAUUCAAGAACGGAUUUUACCAGAAUGUUCAUUAUAUCACAACAAAGUCCAGUUCCCUCCCACUGGGGGCCUGAAUUUGAACCUGAUUCUUAAUCCGUAUGAAUAUUACAUGUUCUGCUUUGCCAUCAGCCUCCUUACCCAGAGGGGCAUCUCCAGCACCUGCCCCAUCAGCAUGUCGAACAGCGCUUACUUCAUCCUAGUGGACCGGUACCUGAAGUGGUUCUUGCCCAUAGAAGGGAGUGUCCCUCCCAUCCCUUCCUCAGAGCCUGGAGGGGUGGUCCCUUCACCUGCUCCCCGCUCUCCCACAAUGCCUUUCACCUCCUACGGGAUGCAUCCCACCAGUCUUCUGAAAAGGCAUGUCGCUCACCAGACUUCGGUGAAUGCAGACCCUGCUUCCCAAGAGAUCUGGAGGUCGGAAACAUUGCUUCAGGUCUUUGUGGAGAUGUGGCUCCACCACUAUUCGCUGGACAUGUAUCAGAAGAUGCAGUCUCCCCACAUCAAGCUGGAGGUUCUCCACUACCGGCUCUCUUUAUCCAGCAUCCAUCCUGUCCAAUCCAGCCACCAGGCCCUCCAUACAUAUCAAGAGUCUUUCAAGCCCACCGAGGAGCACGUCUUGGUUAUCCGGUUGCUUCUGAAGCACCUACACGCCUUCAGCAACAGCGUAAAGUCAGAGCCGAUUUCUCCUUCAGGGCAUUCCCACACCGCCAGUCCACUAGAGGAAUUCAAAAGGAUUGUGAUCCCUCGGUUUGUUCAGCAAAAACUCUACAUAUUUCUUCAGCACUGCUUUGGUCACUGGCCUCUGGAUGCAUCUUUCAGAGCUGUUCUGGAGAUGUGGUUAAGUUACUUACAGCCUUGGAGAUAUGCACCGGAGAAGCAGCCACCAAGCGCAGAGGCCCCACCUCGUAGUGUAUCAGAGAAAUGGGAGCCUUUUAUCCAGGAGAACCUGCUGCUCUACACAAAGCUCUUUGUCAGCUUUCUGAACCGAGCUCUCCGCACAGACCUGGUCAGUCCCAAGAAUGCCUUGAUGGUGUUCAGGGUGGCCAAGGUUUUUGCUCAGCCCCACCUGGCUGAGAUGAUCCAGAGAGCAGAGCAGCUCUUCCUGGAAGCCGAUCUGAGCCUUCCCCACCGCCAGCACCGCCUUUUCCUGACUCCCUCGCUCGGAGGCAGCUUCCUGUCAGGCCGGGCUCUCACCAUCACGGACGCCUCCUUUAAAGUGAAAAGCCACGUCUACAGCCUCGAAGGGCAGGAUGCCCAGUACAGGCAGAUGUUUGGGACAGACGUCAGAAACCUGGUAGGUUGGUUGGUGCUGCUGAGUGGACAGGGAAGCCCCUCCCUCAAUAGAACUGUGGCCCUUUGGCAUAAAAGCUGGGCACCAAAGCUCCCCCCCCCCAGGGCACAGGGCCAAAUUAACUUGGUGAGCCUUUUGUCCGCCAAGACAAGCCCACCCUACUCCUGCCAGCAAAAGAAGCCUGCCGAGACCCCGUUGGUCAAGGAACUCCGACUGACGGGAUCAAAGAGAAGAGCCUUCUCUGCUGCACUACUGGCCCUCUGGGAUGCCCUGCCCUCCCCAGGUGAGGUUUGUUGGCUGUCCUUCCGCAGGAGCCCGAAGGCCUGACUCUGCUCGUUGGCCUGGAGAGGCAACAGGGGAGUCCAUCACUGGAGGAGGCUGCUGACCCCACCGCCCCCUCUGCCCAUCUUCUUUAAUAUUAUUGUACUUCCAGUGUCAAUUUUUAUUGUUUUAUUCCUUUGCUAUUGUUAUUUUUACUUUUUUACCAUUUUAUUGUUGUGAGCUGCCCAGAGUAGCCCCCUGGUGAGAUGGGAGACAAAUAAAUUUUAAUAAUUAUAUUAUUUCUUUUAUUCAUUAAACAUGAAAAUCAGU